AAGUCAAGUUUUGUUUUUCGCGUGAAAAACAAAGAAAAAUGGGUGAAUUCCUCAAGUCUGCGAUGAAUUACUUCACUCCUGUGUCAGCGGGCGGCGCCGAGAACGAUUUCGUCGGCAACAUCGUCGAAGUGCAAUCACUAAAAUUAAGAAUAAAGCGUCUAAUAGCAGAGGGAGGAUUCGCUUACGUUUAUGUUGCUCAAGAUAUCCAAACAAACACAGAGUAUGCGUUGAAACGACUGCUGGGCGCUGAUAAGGAAGAGUGCAAUAACAUCAUUCAGGAAAUAAAUGUUCACAAACAAGUGACGGGGCAUCCGAAUAUCGUGAAAUUCGUGGCAGCAUCAUUUAUCGACAGAACGCAGCAAGGGCAACGAUUAGCGGAGUACUUGCUUGUGACGGAAUUAUGCAAAGGAGGCUCGUUGCGCGAUUGUUUGGAUAAACCGUUGGAGCCUGAAGUCGUUUUGAGAGUAUUUUAUCAGGCAUGUCGUGCCGUUCAGCAUUUGCAUUCGCAACAACCGCCCAUAAAUCAUCGAGAUAUCAAGAUUGAAAACUACUUACUCGCCUCCGAUGGUCAACUAAAGCUCUGUGAUUUUGGUUCAUCAACGGCAACGCAACACAAUCCCGACUACAAUUGGAGUGCUCAGCAACGAGAUUUGCUCAUCGAUCACAUUCACAAGUUCACAACGCCCAUGUAUCGUGCUCCCGAACAACUCGAAACAUGGAAUAACUAUCCAAUCGGCAUCAAAGCUGAUAUUUGGGCUCUCGGAUGCAUUCUUUACUGCUUGUGUUUCAACAAACAUCCGUACGAAGACUCCGCGACGCUUCGUAUCACAAACGCAAAUUACACAAUUCCUUCCGACGCGCGUUACGCUUGUUUCCAUGAGAUUAUCAAGGGAUGUUUUGUCGUGAAUCCCGUCGAUCGUUUCGACAUUAACCAAGUUAUGGAGAGAUUAGGCGCCAUUGCCGAGACCAAAGGAUGGAGUUUAAAGGGAUCGUUAGAUUUAAAGGGCAAACCUUUGAUUUCGCCGCAAAAUACGAAUUCCAUGCCGAGUCCCAUGCAUCAAAACAAGAGUAAUGGAGCUGCUCCGCCAACAAGACCUGCACCGCCUCGUCCUGCAGAAGCUCCAAUGAGACCUUCACAGCCUCCGCAGCAAGUACAUCAUAACAAUGGGACGCAGCAACAACAUCACGUGAACAACGGAAGCGGAUUAUUUUCGUCGAUCAAAGGCGGGGCAUCGGGAUUUUUGAAAAAUCUUAAAGAUACGUCGUCGAAAGUCAUGCAAACCGUUCAACAAUCGAUUGCGAGAAACGAUCUGGAUAUUAGUUACAUCACGCAACGUAUUCUUGUGAUGCCUUGCCCGUCAGAAGGUCUUGAAUCCGCAUAUAAAACAAAUCACAUUGACGACGUAAAAAUUUUCCUUGAAUCGAGAUUUAUGCCAGCUAAGCUGAGUAUUUAUAAUUUAGGUCCUCGAAAUUGCCCGAGAUUACCUCCGCCCGUUCGAACAGUUGAUUGCAGUGCAAUUUACCAUCCCGGAGGUCACGGAUCAAAAGCUCCUUCAUUAACAGGAAUGUAUUCGUUAGCGGAAGACAUGUACGGCUUCCUUGCUGUCGACCCCAAAAACACAAUUGUCAUCCAAAGUCCUGAUGGCGGAAGAGGUUCAGCUGCUACAAUGCUCUGUGCAUUGCUCAUUUACGCUCAUUUGGUCUCCGAACCGGAAGAUGGCAUGCAAAUGUUUGCCGUGAAACGUCAACCGCCGAACAUGAAAGCCUCCGAACUGCGAUAUUUGUAUUAUUUGGGCGAUAUUGUGCGAUCGACGCCUCAUUUGCCGCAUUAUAACUCCGUAACUUUAAUUUCUUUGACAAUUGCUCCCAUUCCGCGGAUGACAAAAGCUCGUGAUGGAUGUCGAAUUUUCGUUGAAGUGACGUGCGAUGACUCGUUGAUCCUCAAUACGCUUCAAAGUUAUGAGCAAAUGCGACUUUAUAACGUCAUGGAAGGGAAAAUCACGCUUCAACUGAAUGUUCAAGUGCAAGGAGAUGUCACAGUAACACUUUAUCAUGCAAGAAAUGCUCUCGGCGGAGUAAUGGGAAGACCUCAAGGCAUCAAAAUCUGUCAGUUUCAACUAAAUACGGGAUAUAUUCCGGAAGAAGAGACUCUCAUCAACUUGACGAAGAACGAUUUGGAUGAUUUGCCGAACGACGAACACAUUCCGCAGAAUUUCCACGUGGGAUUAUCCGUUUUUGUCGGAGAUUCGGAACGAACGCCUACCAAAAAGCCUCCAUGGCAGGGAAUUCAGUCGCCGGAUAAGCGAGAUGCGAAGAUUUUGUUCGCCAGUCAACUUGAAUAUGAGGAAAAUGUCGAUAAUUUUGUCACAAAAAUGACUUCGAACGCGAAACAGCAGCAAAAAGUUCAUGUUCCUCCGCCGAGACCCAUGCCUCCGAGACCUUCGCCGCCUGUAGUUAAACAAAAUGUCGAAGAAAAAUCAUCUGAAGGCUUAAUUAACAUCGACAAACCCGAAAUUAAGCCUCCUGAAGUGCAAAUUCCCGUCAAAAAAGAGCCCAGUUUCGAUCUUUUGGGUUCUUUUGACUCAUCCAAUGACGUUAAAACGGAAAAUCCCAUCCCUGAUUUGCUUGGAGGCACAACUACAUCCGCUAAAACAGGAAUUGACGACAUUUUUGGUGCAUUUUCGUCAAAUACCGAAGGAAAUUUUCAUCAAAGUUCAUCGAGCUCCGAUUUGAAUGGCUUGAAUUUCAAUGCAUUUGCGACUCCGACAAAUUUUCCGCAAUUUCCGCCGCAAAAUACGCAGCAGCAGCAACAAAAACCUCCGCAACCGACAAAUUCCGAUCCAUUUGCUGACCUUGGAAAUCUCGCUUCAGGUUUGGGUAACGCGAACACUUCAUGGGCAGGUCCUUCGCCGAUGAAACCCACGCCCGGCAACACGCCAAGUCCGAAUGCGACGCAAUUUUCUAGUCCAACGCAUCCAAAUAGCACGCCGUUGUUCGCAAGUAAUUCGAGCAAUGCAUCGCCGCGUCCUCCAUCGACGCCCAUUCAUCAGCAGCAACAAGCUUCGUCGCGUCCCGAUUACAGCAGAUCGCAUUUUGAGGCGCCUAAACAACCACAGGGCACGGCAAAACCCAAAAAUAUGGAUAUUUUCGGAGACAUUUUGGGGCAACAGGGAUAUUCGUUUGGCAGUAAGACGAGUCAGGGACCGCGAAGUAUUAAUGAGAUGCGGAAGGAAGAACUUGCGCGUGAUAUGGAUCCUGAAAGACUCAAAAUUAUGGAAUGGACUGAAGGCAAAAAGAACAACAUCCGAGCUUUACUCUGUACAACACACACCGUGUUAUGGCCUGGCGCUAAAUGGACCAAGUGUGAAAUGUCGCAACUCGUAACAGCAAGUGACGUGAAAAAGGCUUAUCGCAAAGCAUGUCUCGCUGUUCAUCCAGAUAAACACACGGGAACUGAAAACGAAAACAUCGCAAAACUAAUUUUCAUGGAACUAAAUAACGCGUGGAGCGAAUUCGAGAACGAUUCAACGCAACAAAAUCUGUUUGCCAACUAAAUCUGGUUUCAAAUUCUCACCAAUCAAUUUUACGGGCAAACAUUAAACAUUUAGCCGUCUGUGAUUGCAUACGAUUUAAGAAAUAAAAAAAAUCUAGAAGCUUUCUUUGCUUGUUGCAAUUGUUAACAUUCCGCUUCUAACUAACUCAACUCGUGCUUCUUCGUGCAUUGUAAAAAAAAAUUCUUCAAAAUAUUUAUUGAUUUGAAAAAAUAUAAAAAAAUAUUAUUAUUGACCAUUAUUUGAAUGGAUGUUAAAAAAGACGAUGAUGAUGAAUGAUUAAAAAUAUAUGAAUAAAAAAAGGAA